AUACAGAAGAUUAGCAUGGCCCUGCACAAAGAUGACACGCAAAUUCGUGAAGCAUUCCUGAGGAGACUGUUGCUCGCCAUGGCCGACGAAAAGCCCAAGGAAGGAGUCAAGACUGACAACAACGAUCAUAAUAAUUUGAUGAGGCAGGAUGGUUCUGUGGUGCAGUUUAAGAUUAAGAGGCAUACACCACUUAGUAAACUAAUGAGAGCCUAUUGUGAACAACAGGGUUUGUCAAUGAGGCAGAUCAGAUUCCGAUUUGAUGGGCAGCCAAUCAGUGAAACAGACACACCUGCACAGCUGAAAAUGGAGGAUGAAGAUACAAUAGAUGUGUUCCAGCAGCAGACAGGAGGUGUCUACUAAAAAGGGAACCUGCUACUUUACUCCAGAAUUGUUCCUCCAGACCAAGAAGACAUUCUCAAUUAGAAAACCGCAAUUGGGUUCCAUCACAUCCUGACUCCUGCUAUAUAGUUUCUCUAUUCUUUCAUUUUCCCCUUCUCCAUUCCUUUAUUGUACAUAAAGUAAACGGUGUACAAGCAUAUUGCAUUUUUUUAAAGUAAAUGGCCAAUGGUAUGUUUUGAUCGACAUCAGAUGGAGAUGGAAUGGGGAAAAAUACUGGUUCUGUGAAGAUACCCCCUUUUCUCCAUUAGUGGCAUGCUCAUCAGCUCUUAUCUUUAUAUUCCAGUAAGUUAUUUUGCUCUCACUGUUUAACAAAAAAAGAACAACAUAAAAAUUCUUGCAUACCUUG